AUGUCCCCCUCCUCGCCCGUGAUCGACCACACUCCCUCCAUCCCUCCCGCCCCAGCUGCCUUUCCAGGCGACCACAAGAGCGACAUCGAGAAAGCCAGCCCAGACGGGUCGGUCCUCCAUGGCGCGGCGGUCGAUGGGGUCAUCAACCCGGAGAAGGGGGGGCAUGCGAAUCUCGCGCGGACGUUGAGUCGGUACCACAUCACGUUCAUUGGCUUCAGCUCAGGAAUCGGAACCGGUCUGUUCAUCGGUGCGGGAAGUGCUUACGCGAAGAGCGGACCCGCUGGACUUCUCCUCGCAUACUCGAUUGUCGGCACGGUUCUCUGGUCGAUCAUGCAGUCCAUCGCUGAACUUGCGACACUGAUACCCACCGCUGGUUCCUUCCCUCACUGGGCGAACCGGUUCAUCGACCCCGCCGUCGGCUUCUCACUCGCGCUCUCGUACGGCUACUGCUACACCAUCGCCAUCGCCUCCGAGGUCUCCGCCGCGGCUAUCAUCGUCUCGUACUGGACCGACAUCACACCAGCAGUUGUCAUCUCCGUCGGUCUCGCCCUCAUCAUCGCGAUCAACCUCAUGCCCGUCCGAGUCUACGGCGAGACGGAGGUCUUUACCGCCAUCGUCAAGAUCCUGUGCUUCCUCGGCAUCAUCAUCGUCUCGCUCGUUAUUACUCUCGGCGGAGCGCCGAAUCACAAGCGAACGGGCUUCCACUACUGGAAUGAACCCGGACCUUGGACGAACUACAACGGCAUUACCGGUCCUAAGGGCCACUUCCUCGGCAUGUUGAGUGCUCUAGUCAACGCUAGCUUCUCAUACAUUGGCGUGGAAGUGGUUGUGAUUGCAGCAAGCGAGGCGCAGAACCCGCACCGGAGCAUCCCCAAGGCUGCGGACCGCGUUACCUGGCGAAUCGGCUUCUUCUGUGCUCUCGGCUCGAUCCUCAUGGGCAUGGUCGUCGACCCGCGCAACCCGGACCUCGUCUCGGGCGCCGGCAACGCGAACGCGUCGCCAUGGACCAUCGCGAUGAAGGCAGCCGGCAUCAACGUCCUCCCGAGCAUCGUCAACGCCUGCGUCCUCGUCUCGGCGUGGUCAGCAGGUAGUUCGUACUGCUGGGUCGGCAGCCGCAUGAUUGUCUCGAUGGCGGCCGACAAGCACCUCCCAUCCGUCUUUGGCCGCACCAACAAGUACGGCACGCCCUACGUCGCCGUCCUCACCUCCUUCGCCUUCGGGCCCCUCGCGUACCUCUCGCUUGGCUCGGGAGGCGCCAGUCAGGCGUUCGCGUGGCUCCAAAACCUUUCCACCGUCGCCGGCCUCAUCGCCUGGGCCACGCUCUGCUUCGCAUACAUCCGCUUCUACCGCGCCUGCAAGGUGCAGGGCGUCGACCGUUCCUCCUUCCCUUGGAAGGGUCGCUGGCAGCCGUUCACCGCCUGGUACGGCUUCGUCGGGUCGGUGAUCAUCACGCUCGUCUCGGGCUUCUCCGUUUUCCUCAAGGGCAACUGGAACGCCAAUGAUUUUAUCGCGUCCUACAUCGGCAUCCCCAUCUUUAUCGUUCCCAUCCUGCUGUGGAAGCUCUUCAAGGGCACUCGGUUCGUCCGCGCGCGCGACAUGGACCUCUGGUCCGGCCGGCUCGACUCCUCGAAGCUUCCCGUCCCUCGCGAACCCCGCAACGUCUGGGAACGCUUCGUCAACUGGCUCUUCUAG